GGGCGCCGGAACCGGAAGUGGUGCCCGCGCGCAGCUCGGCCGCCGGAGGAGCCGAGACGCAGUAGGCGCAGCGGGCCCGGCUUCCCGCCAUGGGCCGCCGGAGGGCCUCGCGCGGGCCGGGCGCGGAGGGCGGCCGCGCUCGGCGCCCUGCGGGCCGUUCCCUGGAGGCCUUCGCCGAGGAGGUGGGCGCAGCGCUGCGCGCGUCCGUGGAGCCAGAGGCCCCUGAGGACCAGGGCGGCCCGGGCCCGGCGCAGCUGCCCUGCACGCUGGCCAUGUGGGAGUUGGGCCACUGCGACCCCCGGCGCUGCACCGGCCGCAAGCUGGCCCGCCUGGGGCUGGUGCGCUGCCUGCGCCUGGGUCACAGGUUCGGCGGCCUCGUGCUCAGCCCCGUGGGCUCCCAGUACGUGUCCCCCGCAGACAGACACCUGGUGGCACAGUCUGGGGUCGCUGUCAUCGACUGCUCCUGGGCCAGACUGGAUGAGACUCCGUUUGGGAAGAUGCGUGGGAGCCACUUGCGGCUCCUGCCCCACUUGGUGGCCGCCAACCCUGUGAACUAUGGCCGGCCCUGCAGGCUGUCCUGCGUGGAGGCCUUCGCUGCCACCUUCUGCAUCCUGGGUUUCUCAGACCUCGCUGUCAUUUUACUGCGGAAAUUCAAGUGGGGCAAGGGCUUUCUGGAUCUGAACCGCCAGCUUCUGGACAAAUACGCGGCCUGCAGCAGCCCAGAGGAGGUGCUGCAGGCAGAGCAGGAGUUCCUGGCCCACGCCAAGGAGCACCCCGAAGAGGAAGAAAUCGAUCCCUUUGAUGUGGACUCAGGGCGAGAAUUUGCAAACCCCAAUCGGCCCAUGACUGGCUCCCGAGAUGGUGCUGACAGUGACACUGAAGAUGAGUCUGAGGAACUUGGGCCUGACCCUGACGGCGGGGGAGACGGCGGCAGCAGCAGCCAGGAAGAGGAGGAGACUGCUGAACAAGGGGCUGAAACCAGGGUCCCCACAGAGAUUUGGAAAGGAAUCAAGAAACGGCAGAGAAACUGAAAGUUGCAGAGGUGUGUAUUUUUGGAGGCGGAGUGACGAGAACAUCUGGAGAUGGCAGUGGAGCUUGUGGGAACACAGACGGGCCUGGCGGCCUCAGGCCAUGCAGCUGCGAGCAGGACUGGACUCUGACCGGGUUCUUUCCCGGUGCAUCUUACCCAGCCUUGCUCUGGGUCCUGCCUCAGAGCCCUCUCAAUGAAGCUACAAGCCAAGAAGA